UGUUAACGGACAACAGGCCAUAAAUGGUUCCGCGGUCUCUUAGGUCUUUCUUGAUUUUAUUAUGAAUCAGUUUGGUCAUCAAUAUGGUAUCCAAGCAUCCGCAUUUUAUACGGGAGAAAUGAACACUUCAUUUGGAAAUACUGUUCAAAGACCUGGCUCUAGACCGUGUAGUCUUGAAACACCACCCCAGGAUUUUCAGUCCGCGCCUCCUUCCUUUCGAAAUGAUGGCGGGUAUUCGCUCUACCCAAGUUCCCAGUGCUAUGCGAAACCUGGUGUAUUACCUUCCUCAGACGGAUCGUGUGUUAAUUUUAUGGAACGAUCUCCAAUGGCAUCCGAUGGCACAGAAAAUACCAGUGUCUCAUUUGAUUAUCAAAAUCAAUUUAAUCUUCGUGUUCCUCAGGAAAUACCCAGUUGGAUGUCUUUGAAUUCUUCAGCCAAUAGCUUCUACACCGAUAUUUACAACAAAACUCUACUGAACCCGGUAUCUCAGUCAGUAUACACAGGUUCCCCAGUUCGUUACAACAGGAAUACUGAAAACACUGCUUUUCAAAAUCGUGGGCGUCCUAAACCUUCGGGCCCUCUGAAGGGGAACAGAGGAGGUUUUCGAAAUCCUCCCAACUCUACCGCUCCAAAGGAAUCGCGAGUUUUCUAUUGUGAAGUUUGCAAAGUUAGUUGUGCAGGUCCACUUGCCUUCAAAGAUCAUGAAAAUGGUCAACGUCAUAAAAAACGGUUGUCACAGGUUGAAGCUGUUGAAAAGUUAAAAAAAGAAAUAUCUACUGAUAGCAAUUCGUCUUUAGUAGUUGUCAAUUCUUCAUCCUCACGAGAACUGCGUUGUGAGCUCUGUGAUGUUGGUUGUACCGGUGUCGACUCUUAUACUGCUCAUAUAUCUGGCAGGCAACAUCAGCGUACAUUGAAGUUACACAAGGAAUUAGGUAAACCGGUUCCAGAAACCGAUGAUCCUCUUGUACCCGCAGCUGUAGCAGAUAUGAUACUUCCUGCAGUUGAGAAAACUGAUGAAGCGAGUGGAAAUGAAACGGAUACCGGAUCAAACAAGCCAAUGAAACAUGUUGAUCUGAAACAGCUUGCCGGUCCUGAGCAUCCAGCUGUCGGUCAAGAGUAUAUAGAAGCAGUGAUUGGUGCAAACGGCAAAACUGUUUCUUUUCGCUGUAAACUAUGCGAAUGUGAUUUCUCAAAUGCAGAUGCACGAGAAUCCCACAUACGUGGUCGUCGUCAUCGUACACAGUACAAGAAGAAAGUAGAUCCUUCGUUCAUUGUGGACCCUAAACCAGCAAACCAACUUAACCGUAAAGCAUCUAAGUCGAAGAAAAGUAAACGCCCUGAACUGAAAGCGAACACUAACAAUUUGCGUAACAAUGGACCAAUGGGUGGCAGUAUGAGUAAUUUACCACCAGUCGAUCGCUUCGCUUCACAUAAUGCCAAAAUUUACUCUGCACAAUCACCUAACAAAUCUUAUGAAAAUAAAUAUAUCAAUUUCAAGCAUGCCUCUUUACUACAGACGGCUCUGGAAGUCCAAGCAAUGAUGAUGGCUGUAAGUGUUUGUGAGCGCGCUAUGAAAGAUGUUAGUAACAGCCUACUGAGACAAAUACGCUUGGAAUCAAAUCCAUCCAUCACCGAUGAAUCUGGUACUGGUGGUACCAAUGUAGAUGAAAUAGAAGAAAAAGUUGGUGAACGCCUACUUUCUGGUGUUAUACGCGUUGGUCCAUUGGGGAAGAAUUUACUGCUUAGGGGCGAACACACAGCUGAUCUUGUCUUAGUAUGCUCAAAAUGGCCUACUGAAGAGUUGACAACUUACGUAUCAAGUAGUAUAACGAGUUUCAUGAAGUCAUUGGAAUCCCGUCUUGAAUAUACUGUCACACCAGAGCCCUCCACGGGAACAAUCACGGUUUCGGUAUCCUGCCCUGAUCCAUCUUUACUGAACAGAAUCAAUGAUCCUUCCGAUAUGAAUUCAAAGUCUACUACCAAUCAAGAGAAAGAACCCUCUGUAUGGCCUGUUAUAACAUUGACGGUUAGCCUAACGUCUCCUGUAGUGGUUCAAGAAAAAGAAAUUGUUUCUGAAGUAGUAACAGAAAACCUGCCUACCAUAGAACGCUUGAUCACAAAUAGUCGUCAGAUCCCAAAAGAAUUAUGCAUUAAAUCUCUGGAUUCAGUGGAUCAGACAUCAUGGUUUCAACAAAUCUCCAGCAGAGGUCCUAUUAUCCUGAUCAGUCGUAUUCUACGUGAUUUCAUCCAAUCGAACGACUACUGGAUCGAAUUGAAUGAAUUUGAUGUUGAGGUGCACCUUGAUUACUUAUUAUCGCUUGAAUACAAUAUGCUCACUCGUUCUGGGCCGUUCGCUCCUUGUCCUGGUAGCGGUGGUGGUGGUCCACCUCCAGUGGGAUGGCUUAAUCCUUCGCCUCAUUUCAGCGGCUCACCAAGACACACACCUGUGGUCAUUGAUUUAUUCCAACCGUCCAAACUGCUGCGUAGAUUUUUCGAGUCAAUGGCUUGUGGAUACAUAACCACCGUUACCAAACAAUCUCCGGAUUCAGUUAAAUACAUAGAUUUAUCUAGUAAUGAAAAUGUACCUGAAGCGUGCAGAAAGCCGUUUCAUUUAACCAUUGGAAAUGGGAUUUCAAAGAAGUCUGUGAGAAGAUAACUGUUUCUGCUCAACUCAUUGUCCGACAGAUUGCCUUCAAGCAACUAUAUAAGGUGAGUGUUGUUAUUAUUCUGUAUUCUGCUGCGAUCAUAAUCCCUGUGAGACGACUAUUCAACAGUUUGAUCAGUUUCUGGCACAUUAUAUACCUUGAAUAUGGAUAAUGUCUCAUUGUUUUAGACAGUUGACUUUCAGUCACAGUUUGGAAACCUCACUGACCAAGGGAUCACUGGUGUUAGACAGUAAGUACUAAGUAAUAAAAGUGGAUCAAUGGAUACGAUUAUAGAUGUGCACAACAUAAAAUUAAAAAAAUGCGAUAUUUAAUGUAGACUGACUGACAAACGCAAUGUAGAACCAUCUGCACACAGUUGCUCGGCUCAAGUUGCCACGCUUCAUAGUAGUACACAAAAAACAGGUGGAUGAAAAAAGACUGAUAGAUAGUUGUCUGGGAGAAUAAACAGUCUGAAGAUGACGGCUAGUUCAAAUAUUAAAACUUUCUAAGGCGUAAAGAGUGAGUACAUCUGCGUCAUUGUGACCGAUUGGUGUUCAGCCAUUUCUCACAAAGAAUCCUCAACCACUGAUUCCUAUUGUUUCGUGGGCCCAACCAGGUAGUCUGCAUUUCCCUACAUGAUUCACACUUCAUCGACUGGUGCAGUUUCUCGUUCUGGCCACCAUGAACCCUCUUCUAAUCUAAUCCAAUGUCGCGUAGCAUGGCACUUUAAGAUAGACUGUUGCUCGACAUGCGUAGUACAUGUGCAAACCAUGUCACUUGAUUAAGCUUCGUAACCUCAACAAUGGACUUUUGUGUCUUGCCUAGUAUUCUUCGCCUAACCUCAACAUUGCUCACUAAUCGCGUGCAAUGCUACAAGGAUAACUGCUUCAUGUCUACUACCGUGAACAGCCAUGUCACGACAGGACAGAAUGAACUACAGCUAAGUGUACUCGUUCUCUGAUAGAUAGUUGGAUAUAUUGCCAUUCGGCACCAGAGAUGACGCAAAUUAGUAAGUGCCAAAAUACAGUAACAGAUACGACCUACCUACCGAGGUAAGGACAUCCUAGUAGUAUCACAUUAGACCCCCUCAUACACGCGACUCAUUGCUUACUUACUGCAUGAAAAUACACAUGGUUACUGAAUGCUGCAUUUUGUUAUCUUCUUGAUUUCGUUAUGCCUUGAAUUGUUUAUGCGUGUCACUGCUGUUUCAUGAAUAACUUUCUCUAUGUGUAUAUGACAAGGUAUUUUAGUGUAUUUUGUAGCUUUUAAAUUUUUCUCUGGAAUAUCAUUCACCGUUUUCAUUGAAAUCCUUGAUUUAAUCAACCAAAGGUUAGUAUAUUAGCGCUAUGCAAUUCAAACACAAAUCUGUUCAUGAUCACACGUGGAUGCCAGCGAUCGCGAUGCUCGAUCGGUUUUUACUCUUGACGCGUAUGGCACAGAUUAUUUUUCAUUAUGAUUUGCCUGAUUUCUGAUUUGUAAUGAUGGACAUCACUGCAACCACAGCCAAGUAAGGGUUCACUUCCGUCGUUAUGUGCUGACAAAACUGUUAUACGUACCACAAACUUGGCAAUUAUUGUGGAAGCGUGUUACCAGGGUUGAUGCAGUGAGUUAAAUAACAACCGUAUGGUUAGGUGUUAAGCGUAAACAUGACCUUCGUAUUUCGGAUCGGAGUUCAGGAAGCGCAGUUUGCCGUACUUGAAUAUCAUCAGCUGGAUGCACAUCCGCCUCCCAGGGACCGAUGUUGUUUCCUCUACGACUUAAACCCGAAACCGUCGCUUCGAGUUCAAGAGUGUUACCCAAUAGGUCACCGAGUCACUUCUUGUGCAACGGGCAUAGUCUCUUCAAUGCUGCAUAUAAUAUUCCACUGCUAGCCGGUGCUCAUCAUUGAUAUAAUAAUUCUAUUUCCAUUUGAGGGUUUGUGGGGAUUUAUUUAUUCCAAGGUUAUCAUGGACUGACAUCAAUUGGAGGAACAUUGGAAACCUGGGAGGACUGGACAGCGGCUGUUUUGUCCUAGUAUGGCGCUCCUCAAUACUGAGCACUCAUGGCCAUGCCAGGGACCGAACCCUGGACUUUCAAGUCCCGUGGCCAGCACGUUACCAUCAAGCCACUGGGUUGGAAUCCAGUGGUCCAUAUUUCCUACUUCUUUCAGUUCACGACAUAGCGCAACCAUCACUCAAUGUCCUGGUUGAGUAUUUGCCCUCACGUCCACGAAGUUUGCACCACCGGUCGCAACUUCUCAUAGGAACGUCAGGAUUCAGGAAUUAUAUUUCCACUAGAGACUGAAUUCCUGUAUCCGGUGGAUGGUGAUCAAAAAGUUAAUUUUCUCCUCUUUAAACCUUUUUCUUAUGCAGGUUCUUGGUGUGCAACCGUUGUAUCCAUUACAAAAUUCAGAUGAUUUACAGACCGAUAAUAAAAAACAAGGACAGAAUAAUGAGAAUGUCUUGCAAACAGAAGAUUGUGCCGAAAAAGAAAGUUCAUUAGGAGAAGGAAUGGUAAGGAAACGAUCUGCCAAUAUGACUGUAAGUAGCACUGACUCCAUCCCCAGUAAAGCACAAAACGAUGGUGUACAAGAAGAUCCUGUGAAGCCGGAAAGAAUAGAACCCUUAGGUGUUCCCGUGAAAAAGCUAUGCCUCGGGAAUUCCAACACUUCAAAAUCUUUCAAGUAGUAGUUGUAGUAGCAGUAAAUCAGUUUGCAUGUGCUUUCUACUCACAUGUUCUUUACUGUAUCCAUUGUUAUGUUUCUUUUUAUUCUGUAAUGAAACAAGUGCAUAAAUUUCUGCC